GGAGAAAAUUCUGCUGAUCUGCCCGCAGCAAAGAGGACAUUAAAAGGUUGUAAAGAUGCAUCAUUUCUUUGCAAGCUGCACUGUCGUGGCAUUGCUGCUGGCUGCAUGCCUGGCAGACCACCACCAUGGAGAUAACAUGAAAUGCAAGGGGCUGUCCCCUCCCAAUGCAGAUUUUGGCUUUGCCCUUUAUAAAACCCUGAAAGCCAAAGCAGGUGCUGCAGAGAACAUCUUCUUCUCCCCACUGGGCAUCUCCACCGCCCUGUCCCUACUGUCCACAGGGGCACAUGGUGAGACCCACAGCCAGCUGUUUUCCACUCUUGGCUACAGUGGGAAGGAGCAGGAUACGAUCAACCAAGGGUACAAGCAUCUUUUUCAUAAACUUGGCCAAAACAAGGCGCACCAGGAGCUUGAUGUCACUAAUGCAGUUGCUGUAGACUCCCACUUCAGUCCCUGUGACUCCUUCAUGAAAAAUGCCAAGGAAUUCUACUCUGCUGAGGUCCUCAAGGUUGACUUUGGGAAAUCUCAAGAGGCUGCGGCUGAGAUCAACUCAUACAUAGCUAACAAAACCCGUAACAUGAUUAAAGAUCAUGUUAAGGAAUUGGAUGAAACCAUGGCUAUGAUGCUGAUCAACACGGUCUACUUCAAAGGAGAGUGGGACAGACCCUUCAACAAGUCACUGACAAGAAAGGCUGACUUCCAUGUGGACGACACUACCAAAGUGGAAGUUGACAUGAUGAGGAGGACAGGUCGUUAUGAAAUGUAUUACGACGAUGACAACAGCACCACCAUCCUCAUGCUGCCGUACAAAGGCAACACGUCCAUGAUGAUUGUCCUGCCUGAUGAGGGCAAGAUGAAGAGCGUGGAAGGCUACAUCAACAAGGACUACAUUAAGCACUGGCACGACUCUAUUUAUAAACAAUCUGUGGACGUGUUCUUACCCAAAUUCUCAAUUUCUGCUAAAGCUGCCUUGGACAGCACAUUGAAAGAAAUGGGAAUAAGCGCUGCUUUCGGAGACACUGCCGAUUUCUCUGGGAUUUCGGAUGAUGUCGCGCUUAAGCUAUCUAAGGCAUCCCAUGAGGCAGUUCUGAGCAUUGACGAAAUAGGGACCGAAGCAGUAGCCGUCACUGUAGUGGAGGUUAUGCCGAUGAGUAUGCCUAUGCAGUUGAGACUGGAUAGACCCUUCUUGGUCUUUAUCCUGGAAGACUCCACCUGUAGCAUCAUCUUCAUGGGCAAGAUCAGUAACCCCACAGCCAAGUAA